GUGUGGAUUUUCGGGACAGUCUCCCUGACUUGUCUCCUCGAUAGGUUCUUCUAUUUUGUGAGAGAAGUUUUGACAGUGGUUGUUUGGGAUUCACAGCACGCAUUUCUUCUCCUUCAUGUUUGCCCACCGUGCCUGUGUGUGAGUUUGGCAGUCCUGAGAAGUCUCCUCUGCAAUGGGUAAAAAAUGACGAUCGCUACAUCCACUAAAGGUGCAUCGAUCAACAAUGAACUCUCACAGUCGCCAAGUGGAUGUGAGCACAGCGGCGCUCCCCUCGCAGGUUCCCUCCGCCGCCUCUGCCAUCCUUCCCAUGGACCUCCGCAUUGUGGACCACUCUCACCACCACCACCAGCAGCCUCCCUUCGGCCUGGUGUCCCAGCCCCAUCCCACACCAGCCCCCUCCACAGCCUGUCCUGCAUCGUCCGAGCUGGGCAACGGGCCGGUUGCUGGCCGUCAGGACCAGCACCUGCAACAGGAACUGGUGGCUCUGAAGCACAAGCAGGAGCUCCAGAGGCAGCUACUGAUUGCUGAGUUUCAUAGGCAACACGAGCAACUGUCGCGACAACAUGAAGUCCAACUCCAGGAGCAUAUUAAGCAUCAACAGGACCUGUUGGCCCUCAAGCAUCAACAAGAGCUGCUGGAGCAUCACAGGAAGAUGGAGCAGCAGCAUCAUGAGCAACAGCUGGAGAAGCAGCAGCGGGAACAGAAACUCCAGCAGCUGAAAAACAAGGAAAGGGGACAAGAAAGUGCUGUGGCCAGCACGGAGGUAAAGAUGCGACUUCAGGAGUUUGUGCUGAACAAGAAGAAAGCCCUGGCUCAGCGAAACCUAAACCACUGUCUGCCCAGUGACCCUCGCUACUGGUAUGGGAAAACUCAGCAUAGCUCUUUGGACCAGAGCUCACCCCCUCAAGCGGCACUGUCAGCGUACACGCAUCCAGUGCUGGGAGCUUUUGACUCAAAGGACGACUUUCCUCUGAGGAAAACAGCAUCUGAGCCCAACCUGAAGCGCCGUUCAUGGCUAAAGCAGAAAGUGACGGAGCGUCGAAGCAGCCCUCUGCUCCGCAGGAAAGACGGGCCAAUCACUACUGCCAAGAAGAGGUCACUCGACAGAGCUGACUCUGCAUGCAACAGUGCGCCAGGCUCCGGCCCCAGUUCCCCCAACAACAGCUCCAGUAACAUCCCCAGUGAAAACGGCAUCCCAAUCUCUACCAGCCCAGGAGAGGCCUCUCUGAUUCAGAGGCUGGCUACCAGGGACGGCUCACUCAGCCAGUUGUCUCUGUACACCUCACCUUCUCUGCCCAACAUCACUUUAGGACUGCCUGCCUCUGGCCCUGCAAACUCUGUGGUAUCGGGACACCAAGAUGGCGAGACUCAUCUGGCGCUGCCAGCGUUACAGCCGGGCAUUCCGUUGGCCUCGGCUUUUCUGCCCACCUCCCACCUGCCGUCCUACUUGGCCUCGUCGGCGUUGGACAGGGACGGGCCUGGAGGGGGCGCAGCUGGUCACAACCCCCUCCUUCAACACAUGGUGCUAAUGGAGCAGAGCCACAGCUCAAUGGUCGGUCUGGGUGGCCUGCCUCUCCCGUCUCCCACCGUCUCCAAACUGGUACGGGGCCACCGUCCCCUGGGAAGGACCCAGUCGGCCCCUCUGCCUCAGCAGCCGUGCGGACAGGCCCAAGCCCUGCAGCAGCUGGUGGUCCAGCAGCAGCAUCAGCAAUUCCUGGAAAAGCACAAGCAACUGUUCCAACAGCAGCACCAACAGCAGCACAUCAUCAAUAAGAUCAUGUCUAAGCCUGGCGAUCAGGUGUCAGCUGCCAGCUCUGGAGCCUCUGUGCCAGGUAGGCAGCAUCAGAGUCACCCAGAGGAGACAGAAGAGGAACUCAGGGAGCACCAGGGACUGACCUCAUCCUCGUCGUCAUCAUCCACUUCGUCUGGGCCAGAAACGGGGUUGAUACGGGGUCUGGUCAUCAAGCAGGAACCACCAGACCUCCAAGAGCAAGAAGAGAGGGAACAACGGGACCAGAGAGAGAGACAGGCUGAGCAGGACUUCGUGUUCAAACAACAGGCGAUGCUGUUGGAGCAGCAGCGGAUCCACCAGCUGCGGAGCUACCGAGCCUCCAUGGAAGCGGCCGGGUUACCGGUCAGCCUUGCUGCUCACCGCCCUCUGUCCCGGACGCAGUCAUCCCCAGCCUCCGCUUCCUUCCCCAUUGUCGUCUCGGAGCCUCCAGUGAAGCACCGAUUCACCACAGGUCUAGUGUAUGACUCCUUGAUGCAGAAACAUCAGUGUAUCUGCGGCAAUGCCACUAUUCAUCCCGAGCAUGCCGGCCGUAUUCAGAGUAUCUGGUCCCGGCUGCAGGAAACCGGCCUGAGGGCUCAGUGUGAGUGUAUCCGUGGAAGGAAGGCGUCACAGGAGGAGCUGCAGACGGUCCACUCUGAGGCCCAUGUCCAGCUGUACGGAACCAACCCAUUGAGACAGAAACUGGAGUGUUCCGUGAAUCCCAUGUUUGUGAGGUUACCAUGUGGAGGCAUUGGGGUGGACAGUGACACAAUCUGGAAUGAGAUCCAUUCGUCUACGGCUGCUCGACUGGCCGUUGGCUCAGUGGUGGAGCUGGUUUUCAAAGUAGCAACAGGAGAGCUGAAGAACGGUUUUGCUGUAGUUCGGCCACCCGGACACCACGCUGAGGAGAGCACACCUAUGGGCUUCUGUUAUUUCAACUCUGUCGCCAUUGCAGCCAAGCUCCUGCAGCAGAGGCUUAAUGUCAGCAAAAUCCUCAUAGUUGACUGGGAUGUUCACCAUGGCAACGGGACCCAGCAGGCCUUCUACGCAGACCCCAGUGUUCUGUACCUUUCUCUACAUCGCUAUGACGAUGGGAACUUCUUCCCCGGCAGUGGAGCUCCAGAUGAGGUGGGCAGCGGUGCAGGUGUGGGCUUCAAUGUGAACAUGGCAUUUACUGGGGGCCUUGAACCUCCCAUGGGGGACGCAGAGUAUCUGGCUGCCUUCAGAACGGUGGUGAUGCCCAUCGCCAAUGAGUUCGCUCCAGAUGUGGUUCUGGUGUCCUCUGGCUUCGAUGCUGUCGACGGACAUGCCCCACCGCUCGGAGGAUACAAACUGACAGCCAAAUGCUUCAGCUACCUGACCAGGCAGCUGAUGGGCCUGGCCGGCGGUCGCUUGGUGCUUGCCCUGGAAGGGGGUCAUGACCUGAUGGCCAUAUGUGAUGCCUCUGAAGCCUGCAUUUCUGCUCUGCUCGGCAAUGAGUUGGACCCCAUUCCUUACGAGGUGCUGCAGCAGAAACCAAAUGCUAAUGCUGUGCGCUCUAUGGAGAAAGUCAUCGAGGUUCAGAGUAAAUAUUGGCGCUCUCUCCAGCGUUCUGCCUCCACCCUCGGUUGGUCGUUGAAUGAAGCGCUGCAGCGUGACGUGGAGGAAGCUGAAACCGUUUCAGCCAUGGCUUCGUUGUCAGUCGCUAACAAGCACAUCGGAAAAAGGGCUGAAGAGGAGCCGAUGGAAGAGGAAGCUCCCAUGUAAAAGAAAUAAACAUGGUUAGCCUUUGACCACUAAGACCAGUGUUCAGCGCUGAAUCGGUCCUCAUCCUGGAUUCCUAGUAGAUUCCUUUGUUUCACCGUCGUUGGAAAUGAUCAGACCUUUUUCUCUCUGGUAUGAAACCAGGAACUGACAAAAGUGGCUCUUGCAGAGGAACCAGACAGCAGAAGAUGAGCUUACACCAGUUAGUUGCACACAGAGCGGUAGCAUUAACCGUGUUGGACACAAGAGCCAGUUAUUUUACAGUGACAGCCUCCAGUGCUUUUUAAAAACACUAAACUUGUACAUUUUGACUGCCAGUCUGAACUGUACCAGACCUACAGCAGUCGUCUACUUCUCAUGUUUUAUUUGUUUGUUUGUUUUUUUGUGAUUUAUCAAAACCACCUUAGCUGUUGUUAAUGUGACUCUGCACUAAAGGAUGGACUCCUGCUUUUUCAAGGUAUCAGCGUGUUGAAUAUUCUGCAUUUUUCCUAGGUAAAGUUACAGAAGAUUCAAGGAUUCAGAGAGUAACAGAUGUUUGUGCCUUUUUUUGUUUUGUUUUGUUUUUUAAUUAGUGGAUUUUCUGUUGAGCUCCUCUUAAAGAGCUUUGCCUUAAAAAUGGAUUUUGGAUCAAGAAAUCUUCUCAGAAGUUUCUGUCCUGGCAAGACAAGAGGUGCCUGCAUGUUUCCGGCACAUAGACUCGAGGACGUUGGCAUGUUGACCUUUAUUACUCUACCAGCCUACUGUCUUUCCCUCCAUCUCUGCUUUUUUCUCUCCCUUUGUUACAUCUUUGAAGGUAUUUCUCACCCAGAAGUAAGAGAUGAGUGUAAGAAGACUUAAAAGGAGAGACUGUAAUGUCUUUCUUUUUUUUUUUACCAUAAAAGCUAAAAUCUUCUUUAUUAGACAAUACUGAAGCCAAAAUUAUCUAGCUUCUGCUGUUUACCACACACAGACUGGCAGUGACAGUUUCUACGGUAGAAUUUGUGUCACUUUUUAAAGAUUAUCGAGGAGUGUAAUUGCUCUCGUCUGGGCCAAUUUGUUUUUACCAUCCCACCUGGGAUUUUCCAGAGGGGUGAUCUGGAGCUGCCGUUCCUCUCGCAGCUGGUUUAACAUCUUUAGGUCCUUGUUAGAAGCACAUCUGCUCUCCAAAUGUCAGGUGCUGUUUAGCAGGUUGGUGAACAUCUCAGUCUGUCCAAAUACACUGAAACACAAGUUUUUCAUCAUCAAUAUGAAGCAGCUCACACCAGUUAUGAUUGUUCAUUAUUAAGCCUGUUGAAAUAUUAAUUGGUUUAGAUAUUGUUUCCUCCCACUAUUUUUUAUGCCUCUAAAAAGCAAUGUCAUGAUGUUACAAACAGAUAAACUGGGAUCCAUGCCUUUAGUUGCUUCAAAGUUUUCUCAAAUAGUAAGAAGCUGUAGAAUGAACACCACUUUAAGGCCAAAAUGUUUUCUUGUUUAAAAGUGAUGGGGAAAAAAGUAUUCCUUCAUUUAUUCUGCUGGCUGCAAUCUGCAGAUAUACAAUAAAAUAGACGGCUACAGCAGAAACGUUUGAAAUCCAGGAUUAUGUUUAGUUUUAGGAUCAUAAAUAUGGAAAUAUUUUUAAAUGAUUAUACUUCACACCUUCUAAUUUCGAACACCAUGCUUGGUGCAACUUUUCUGUAUCAGUUUUUAAUCAUCCAUCUUUUUUUUUUUCUCCUAUCUUUUGGAAAAACUCCCUUCUGACAUUUUUUUGUUUUUCUAUUUCUCUGAACUGUGGUUGAUCUGCUCAGGAUUCCUGCCACCAACAUCAACAAGCUCAUUGGUUUUGUUGCUCUUCUGUGACCUUUGAUGACUUUUUGUGUUCAUUAUUCACAGUUUUUCUCUGUUACUUUGUAAAGCUGACAUACUUCACAACAGGUGAGGGUUCAAACUCGGUUUUGUAGUGGAUGUUGUAGGAGAACAUUUCUGGGUUUAUGGAUUUUUUGGGGGGGUGGGUGGGGUGGGAAUGUUGGGAUACAAAUGUUUCUACUUUGUAAAAUGAUGGAUAAUUGUGUAUUUACUGUCUGUUUAUAGUAGAUUUAUAUAUAAAAGAAAGUAUAUUAUAUAUCUAUACAUACUGAACACUUUGAUCUUGUUUAAAAAAACAACACUGAUGGUUUCUAUCGGUCGUAUGUGCAGCCGACCCCUUUUAACGUUGUUACUGAAGCACCUUGGCUGUCCUUGGUCACUGUUAACGUUUCUAGCAGCGUUUUCUGUCUGUUUUACUCGUCUUUCACAAGUGAUGAUUUAUCGCUUUUAUUUAUCUGAUGGGUACCACAAACACUGUUACAGUAUGCCUCACAUAUUCAUGCACAUAUCUGUGUCAUUCCAUGUUUCUGAUGCUGUAUGUUUGUCUGUACUUGUAGGAUUUCAAUUUACCAUUCUGAAAUUAUCAGUUAGAAAUUAGUUGUUUUUUUCUGCCCCAUAUUUUUCCACUUUCUUGUUUUUUUUAAGCGUUAGUUUUUUUUGAUGGAUAUGAGCAGUCAGUCUUACCUGCAGAAGACAGUGCUCAGAUUUUAACAUUUGUAAAGUGAAGUCGAUCUAAAAAGUGGAAACAAGCUCUUAAAGCGCCAGCACCUUAAUGAGCCGUUUUAAAACAUAUUCCAACUUUAAUAUGAUGUACAAUCUGAAAAUAUAAGAUAAAAUAAUAUAUGUUGGGGAGAAAAUUACCUGUAGAAAUGUGCUCACCUAUAAAUUAGAUCAAUCCAAUUUAUUCCUCCUCUUCAUUUUUCUUAUUUUAGUUUGUGCUUGUAAGUAAAAUCCCUCUUCAGCUGUUGAGCUGACACCUGAACAUUUUUGGUAUGUAGAGUUGUUGAUUCCUUCAUCCGCCUUGAUAAAAGUCCCAGUUUUAUGUGAGGAAUAGUAAUUCCACAUCAUGAUGCUGUCGCCACGUCUCAUUGAAGAUAUGGUGUUAAUUUGGUGAUUGUAUUUUUGUGCCAAGCACAUUGCAGCUCAAGUUUGCCACUAGAUUCAGAGGUUUUAAGCAGGUUUCAAUGUUUUAUUUAUUUUUUUGCUCUGCUCCUGACUGAUACCUUUGCAAAAAAAAAAAAAAUAGGCCAUUUUGAUUGCAGAACAUUUAAGCAACUCUCAGAAAUAUCUCACCAGGACAUCUGAGCUUUAUUUCAAAUUCAUCAGAUUAUUUAUAAUUGUUGGGAAUCCUGAAAUUAAAUUAAGAGUUUUGGAAAGUAUUAGAUAUGCACAUUAAUGUAACUGUUGUUUUCACCCUGAUAGAUUUGUUGGUUUGUCUACAGUGAAACUGAUCAGGAAAUAUCCCAAAUUAAAGGUAGAAAAAUUUUGAAAAUGAUAGUUGCUUCCUUUUGUUGGGAUACAAAAACCUAAUUGACACUUUUUAGAGCCACUAGUUUUUUUGUUUUUUUUUUAAUGGCACAAAUCCACUUUCUUCUUGACUUAGCUGUAGACUCAUCUGUAUGGUUGGAUUCUUUAUAUCACUUACCCAAUGAGAGAGCCGUCUGCUGUAGGACAGACACUAACUGCUCAUAAACUGUCCACAGAACCCCAAUGAUAAAACUCUGAACUGACCCUUUAAGGUUUCUAGUGUCAUCCUGAAGACUGAAGGGUAAAUUUGUCCUCCUGUGUGAUUCACUGAUUGUUUGUAAUAAGUUUUCUUUUCUUACCAGAAUACUUUUAAAUCACUUUUGUUGAUUUUGCAGGCAUUAAUUUCCUUUAUUUGGAUUUAUAGCUCUCCGGUCUAAAAGACCAAAGCAGAAUAUUUUUUUUGUCUUAACUAGCAAAAACCAAAAAAAUUAACUGUCAGAUAUAAUUUUUUUUACAAACGUAUUACCGUGGGAUAAUAUUUGCUGAUUAGCAACAUUUCAGCACAACUUCUUUUUUUUUUUUGCAUUUGGACUGAAUGUAUUUGAUCUCCAGGGGCUUGAAUCAUGUCCGAUUCUGGAAAUUAAAAGCUACAUGCUUAACAAGAGGAAUGAAAUUAAUACAUAUUUUUAUUUAACCUCUUAAUAAAGUUAAAUGACAGUUUAAAUGUAAAUAGCUUUUUAUAAACUAGAAGCAGAUCUGAGAGGACCUUUGCAGCAGGAUGUUGGUUGACAUCAGUUUUUAUACGUCUCUUUACAUUCCCAUUUUUUAAUCAAAACACACACUGUUUUGAGCUCUUCUGUAGCUCUGGGCCUGCUUAUCGAGUGCAUAUCGAAUGUAUACAGAGGUGACCGAGGUCGGGCUGGGGUGAACGUGACCUCACGCUGGAUCCGAGGACAUCGCUGCACGCGUUGACUCACUGGAGGAGAAUCUUCCCAGAACUCCUGCGGCUUUCCUGCUGCUUCAUGUUUUGGUUUCUCUAACGCAGCCAAAACUAGCGCCGUCUGUCUUCACAGUUAGUCUUAAAAACAAUGUCCAGUUACCGAAAAGAGAAGGAGAAAAAAAAACACGACAUUCCUUUUUUAUUAGAGUGACCAUUUAUUCAGAGGCUGACCUGCUUUUAUUUUGACUCUAACAGCUCAGAGAACUGAGUUCAUUCGGGUGGUCUCACCGAACUUCACUUCAUUCUUCUUUUCUCUCUGCAUGUUGUUUGUCUGCAUGUCCGUCCGUCCGUCCGUCCCAGGUCACAUACCAGCACUGAAGGACAUUAGUACUUUCACUGUAUCCAAACUGUCUGAUCGCUUUUACUUCAUGUUCAGGUGGACUUUGGGUGCUUUUUACCUGUAGCAUAUGGAGUCAUCACACCUGGAGUUGUAGAGUCAGUAUCUAACCUUAGAUUUGAUUGUAUUUAUGUAGAAGCUGUUCCAGUGGGGCGCUUUGUAAACCGCAGCAACAGAAGGAGGCUUUGUUAUAAAUCUGUGCAAGAUGUGACAUUCAGAGGACAUUUUUAUCCUUUUUAGUGCACUUUGGUGAUGAUUAGGAUCUUUGUCACAUCUGGACGUUUUUAAAGCUCCUUGUUACAGUCGUCCAUUCCACUAAGAAACAAAUCAAAAAGCCAGUUUUCUGUACAUGACCACUGUGCUUCAAAAACAAGCUGUUCCAGGUUUACAUAUGUAUAAAAUGCAUACUCUUUGUUUUUUUUAUUAUUAUUAUUGGUUAUGUUUUUGACUUGUUCUGCCGUUGUUACAGAAAUAGUACAUUUUUCUGGAAAAACCUUUACUCUAAAAAAUUGUCUUUGACAUGUAUAAUAUAAAAGUAUUCUUUUUGGACAAAGAAAACAGACUGCAUUGUGUGUCUUUUUCUUUAAGUGAUAUGUUUCAAAUGUGAACAUCCUGAGGAACAUUCAUCUCUUACACCCACAUUUAAAUUUUUCAGAUGUCAAAGAUAACCUUGGUAAAUAGAAAAUGCAGUUGCAAAUUGUUUUCUUUAAAAGAAAAAAAAUCCUUCCUCCCUUUCUCUCUGUCUAUUUCCCAACUGAUUAAUAUAAACACAGACCACUAGCACUUCAAAAUUCAAGAAAAAAAACAAACAUUUGAAGCCAACCUGGCCUUCUAUAAAAAAACAAAUUGCCCCCCAAACGUCCAUUGGCAGCAACAACUGACAAUCAGCAUUUGUGAAAAAUGUUGAGCGCACUAUUGCAUCUCUUAGAGGAAUUGUGGCCCACUCUUGUUUGUAUUUUUCUUUUCUUUUUUUGUACAGCUGUUAAUACUGUCUUCAAGUCCAUCCUUGACAUUUGUUUUGUUGAUCUAUUUUGCAUUCUUUUCAGUAUUCAUAUUGGGAUCAAAUGGCUUCCUAAAGGCACAGGUUUGUUUUAAAAAUAAAAAUUUAAAUCAA